AUCCAGGUCACCAUCACUCAUGGAUGUAUUGCAGAUGAUUCUGGUUGUCCUCUGUGGACUUGUUUCCUGGAGUCAACGCUCCAUUUCUGCUUCAAUGCUGGAGACGACUGUAUGGCGUGGAGACAACGUCACCCUCUACUGUGACUGCAAAGUUUCGACUGGAGUAUAUAUAGUUUGGUUCAGGAACUGUUCCCAUCAAUGCCAGCCUACUCUUGUUGUAAACAUGAUAGGCUCAAAGCACAUUUGUGAAUGGGAAAAUAUAUUUCCUCGUUUUAAAUUUUUAAAGAAUGAGUCGUCCAACUCUUAUGACCUGGUGAUCAGAAAUGUCACAAAUUCUGAUGAGGGACUUUAUUACUGUGGAACAUUUGAGACAAAGGUGGAAAAAGACACAAACAAAAACAUUUUAAGUAAAGAAAUUUACAUCUAUGGGAACACCACCACAAGAGUCUCAUUAUAUUCCAGUGUUGCUCAACCAAAUAUGACCAUGUCUGCUGAGGACUGUGGUGUAUGCUGGAAGCUGCUGUUCUCUCUGUGCCCUGCUGUUUUUAUUAUUUCAAUCUUCUUUUCCUUAGUUUUUAGUUCUCUCCUAUGCUGGAAAACAGCAGAAAUGCCUCAUGACAAGGAAAAGAAAUGUGACUUCUUGAGACCAACAGAAAAAACAAAGGAGAUCCAUCGAGUAUUUCAGAAACAAAAGAAGACUCAAAAGGAGAUCUACAGCUCAGACUUCAGCAUGUUUACUGCUGUCGUGUACAACUUGAAAGUUGAAGAUUAAAAUGCACUGUAAGGUUCUGAUGACCCAUAAAGCAUGACUGUGCAUUGUUUAUUGUGUAUCAUUUAUACUCUCCCUAAAAGUCUAAAAUCAGUUUUCUGCAGUUUUGCAAAUCUUGGUGUUGUGAGUGAAUAAAUGAAUGAGCAACAAGCUGAUGAUAAAAUACUUUGUUAAAACUAUUUACAAAUACUUAAUUAUCAUUGAAAUGUCAUAAUCAAUGAUUAAUCAGUAACAGUUUUUUUCAGCUAAUAAUUAUUUGUAAGCUUUGAACUCUUGUGUCAAAAGCUGAAUUAGAGAUGAUUAUUCAAGUUUAUUUUUAAUCUCAUCUUGAUUAUUGCAACAGCCUUUUAAUGUGUUUGAAUAAGAAAGAUCUUGAUCGUCUCAAGUCAGUUUGGAAUGCCUCUGCAACAUUGGCUACCGGCGCAGUUUAGAAUUAAUUAAAAAUGUUGUCUGUACUUUUAUGCAAUCAAGCCCCUGACUAUCUAGAGCUCUACACCUCUUCUCGCAGUCUUAGAUCUUCCAGGCUGACAAUAGUUCCACGAACACAUUUUUGGACCGGAGAGAAUAAAUCUUUUAGAGCUGUGGCCCCCAGAACGUGUUGCCUCCAUCUUUGUGCUGUCUUGAUUCUGAUUCUUUUAAGAAGCAGCUGAAGACUCGUCUAUUCAGACUGGCUUUUAGCUAGUAUUGUGCUGAUUUGAUCUUUUUUAUGUUUUUAUCCUCUGUGUUUUAUAUGCUAGUAAUGAUAGCAAAGCACUUUAUUGUUUCUUACAUGUGAAAGGUAUAUAAAUAAAGUUUACUUACUUACUUAACAAUUCA